AUGUCUGCACAAACCGAUCAUGCAGAGUCACAAUCCUAUCGCGCAUCAGGUUUCGCAAACCGUCUCGGAUGGGGUUCCCGCCCCGCGCUCAUCAUAAUCGACGUCUGCGCCGCCUACUUUACCCCAGGCUCCCCUCUGAACCUCUCCUCGAACCCAGAAGCCGCCAAAUCCCCCGAUGCAAUGCGAGACCUCCUCGCUGCAGCCCGCGAGGGAGGCUGCCCAGUCUAUUGGACCCAAGUGCAAUACGAAAGGGAAGACAUGGCCGACGCUGGGCUAUUCUACCUCAAAGCGAAGGUCCUAGACGUGUGGAAGAAGGGCGACACCCGAGGUUACGACGCCCUCCUACCUGGUCUGGAACCUCGCGAGGGCGAGACUGUCAUCGUGAAGAAGCACCCUUCUGCUUUCUUCGGCACGGAUCUCGCUUCGCAGCUGUACUUCAAACAAGUCGACACUGUGGUAAUUUGUGGGGUGAGCACUUCGGGAUGUGUGAGAGCUACGACGCUAGAUGCGCAGUGUUGGAACUUCAGGCCUAUGGUUGUGGGCGAUGCGUGUGGAGAUCGCACGAAGGAGAUCCAUAAUGGGAAUCUUUUCGAUAUGGAUGCCAAGAUGGGUGAUGUUGUCGGUGUGGAGGAGACGUGUGAGAAGAUGAGGAAGGGUUGGUGA